ACGUCCUGAAUUGUUGUCACCAUGCAGGAAACGCCAGUAUUUUAUCUUGAAAAAGUUCAUGCCCUCCUACAUGUUGCCAUUUCUUUGUAAGCUUUCAAAAUUGUAAAAAUGCAAAUGCUUCAAAUUGACCAAAGUUAUCCAAGCUGAACAGAUUCAUUAUUUCUCUGUGUUAUCAUUCGGGGAACCUUAAAGUGUCAUUAGUCAGAACAUGGCAUUGACUCCUAUGCAAUCAUAUUGAUGGUUUCUCACGUGUGUGACUGUGGGUGUGAAGGGGGUAGGAGUAAAAUGUACUAAUAAAUGCAGUGGAGCCACUUCUUAACUUCCUGUUGAAAGUCAGAGAGCAGCAUCAACACACCGAUCGACAGUUUAAUUUACCAUGGACUUUACUGAUGUGCCAAACAUAUCUGAUGGUGAAGAGCUCUAUGACAUCUUUGGGGAUAAUUACACAUUUCCUAUAUUUCCUGAGGAAUUCGUUCCUGAGAUUUCUCCCAUCCAGAUAUUUACUCUGGUUCUCUACGCCCUUGUGGUCCUGCUUGGAGUACCCGGUAAUGCCCUGGUUUUGUGGGUGACUGGCUUCCGCAUGAAACGCUCUGUUACCUCUAUUUGGUUCCUAAAUUUGGCGCUGGCUGAUCUUCUCUGCUGCCUCUCCCUUCCUCUGCUCAUGGUGCCCCUGGCACAUGAUGAUCACUGGCACUUCGGCCCGUUGGCUUGCACUCUAGUCAAAGGACUCUUCUAUUUAGUAAUGUACUGUAGUGUUCUGCAACUGGUUCUGAUCAGCUUAGACCGCCUGUUGCUGGUCAAAAGACCCAUCUGGUGUCAGAACCACAGACGUUCCAGGCAAGCUGCAUGGGCAUGUGGAAUUGUCUGGUGCCUGGCCCUGGUGGGUAGCAUCCCGCAGUUUGUCUUUGCACAGCAAAUUAAGGUUGGGGAAAUUAAGAGAGAAUGUGUAUUAGGAUACCCCAAAGAGACUGUCUGGCCAAUUGCAUCCUUUCGCUUCAUGAUGGGAUUCAUCCUUCCUCUCUUUGUCAUCAUUAUCUGUCACCUGGUGGUGUACAGCACCACUCAGAGUGGAAAGUCACGUGGUCGGGUCAAAUCUAAAAAAACCUUGAGGGUCAUUAUCGCCGUGGUGCUGACCUUCUUCUUGUGCUGGCUGCCCCUACACAUCAUGGACUUUAUCGUUUUGGCCACGAGCCGGAGUUCUCACCACAGUCCAAGAAUCUACCUGGCUCAUGUGUUGACUGUCUGCCUGGCAUAUUUCAACAGCUGCCUGAACCCUCUGAUCUAUGUGUGCGUAGGGAAAAGCUUCAAAGACAGCAUGAGCCGCUCCUUCCGCCAAAUCCUCCACUUCCCCACCGAGGAUGCCGCGUCGAAGGGGAGCGCCAUUCAGGUUGACACCAAGAGCACCAGCAAUGGGAAGGAGACGACCAAAAUCUGAUUGACUUCAUUUUUACAAACAAAACUCAAUUUUUAUAUCUGUUGAUAUAUAUUUAAGAAGAGUUAAAACUGCAUCUGUUUAGGCCAUUCUGUUUGGAAUCCAUUGUGAAGCUUAUCCACAUAUUUUCAUCAGACAGUCCAUGUUGACCUCAUUCUAAAU